UCUUCUCUCGAGGGGUGUCCUGCAAUGAAGGGAAUUUACGUUUUGUUCCUCUUGACGGCAGCGCUGUUUGCAGUGACGAAUGGAGAGGUGGAAGAUGAAGAAGCGGGACUGAAUUUGUCGUUACUAGAUCUGUUAACCCAGGGAGACAGACGGGUGAGGAAUUGGCAUGGCAGCGCAAAGGCAUACCAGCCGGACGGCAGACCUGGUAUCUACAUUGACAUAAGUUCGAGAACGCCGGGGGGAAGAUCUGGUAUCAGCAUUGGCAGAAAACUGAAGAAGUUGCUAGUUUCUUCUGAGUCGGAUGAAUCUCCUGCGUCGUAUUCUUCUGAGUCGGAUGAAUCCUCUGAAUCGAAAUCUUCUGAGUCACAAGAAUCCUCUGAAUCGAAAUCUUCUGAGUCACAAGAAUCCUCUGAAUCGAAGUCUUCUGAGUCACAAGAAUUCUCAGAAUCGAAAUCUUCUGAGUCACAAGAAUCCUCUGAAUCGAAAUCUUCUGAGUCACAAGAAUCCUCAGAAUCGGAAUCUUCUGAGUCACAAGAAUCCUCCGAAUCGAAAUCUUUUGAGUCACAAGAAUUCUCUGAAUCGCAGUCUUCUGAGUCACAAGAAUCCUCAGAAUCGGAAUCUUCUGAGUCACAAGAAUCCUCAGAAUCGAAAUCUUCUGAGUCACAAGAAUCCUCUGAAUCGCAGUCUUCUGAGUCACAAGAAUCCUCAGAAUCGGAAUCUUCUGAGUCACAAGAAUCCUCAGAAUCGAAAUCUUCUGAGUCUCAAGAAUCCUCAGAAUCGAAAUCUUCUGAGUCACAAGAAUCCUCAGAAUCGAAAUCUUCUGAGUCACAAGAAUCCUCAGAAUCGAAAUCUUCUUCUUCUGAGUCACAAGAAUCCUCAGAAUCGGAAUCUUCUGAGUCUCAAGAAUCCUCAGAAUCGGAAUCUUCUGAGUCACAAGAAUCCUCAGAAUCGAAAUCUGAGUCACAAAAAUCCUCAGAAUCGAAAUCUUCUGAUCUUCUGAAUACCACUCGUGAAGAGCGCGAGAGCAAGGUGCCUGUACGGGUUCAAGUCACCUCUGAAGCAUUUUCAAAGGAAUCGACGCCUCGAAAAGGAAGUCCCGAUAUAUUUACCAUACUGAAGGUCAGCGUCUGCGACAGGACUGAAGAGGAAACGGAGAGGAGAGGUUUGCAUCCAGAAGUCACCGUGGCAGAGUCAGCUUCCGGCCCCCCAAAGCAGGCCGGAUAUGACACACCGCUGAGCACUUGA